AUGACUGUUGUUCGUAAGUACUCUACGCGUUCCUCUGGCAAGAAGUUAGGUUUGGGUUUGAGUGAGAACAAGAAGAGCAAGAAGGUCAUUAUUCUUGAUGAUGAUACUCCUGUUGUCCAGAAUGUCAAGAGAAAGGUUCACAAAGAUAAUGCUGCUCCUGUUGUUGAUGAGACUCCAACUGAGGAGUUGGAUAAGUCAGAUACUGGUUCUGCUGCUCGGAAGCGCAAGAUUGGGAAACGAAUUCCAGAAAAUGUGCCUGCUGCUCCUUUGGAUAACAUUUCUUUUCACUCUGAAGAGAGUGUUGGUAAGUGGAAGUAUGUUUAUCAGCGCAGGAUUGCUCAAGAGAGGGAAUUGACUGGUGAGAUUCUGCAUUGUCAAGAAAUUAUGAAACUUCUUGAGGCUGCUGGGUUAUUGAAAACUGUUACUAAGAUAGGUGGCUGCUAUGACAAGUUGGUGAGAGAAUUUAUUGUGAAUGUGACUACAAAUUGCACUGUUUCUGGGCAUCCUGAUUUCAGGAAAGUUUUUGUGCGUGGUAAGUGUGUCCAUUUUUCACCUGAGAUCAUUAACCAGUAUUUGGGAAGGAGCACUGUUGCCACAGGAAAUGAAGAGCUGUCAUUGAGUGCUAUCACUAAAGAACUCACGGCUGGUCAGACUAUGGUAUGGCCUGCUAAAGGAUUGCUGUCUUCUACUUAUUUGAGUGUGAAGUAUGCUAUCUUGAAUCGCAUUGGUGCUGCAAAUUGGGCUCCUACCACUCAUAGCUCAGAUGUUUCUUCAGGUUUGGCAAAAUUAAUUUAUCUGGUUGGAACUCAAACUCAGUUUGAUUUUGGUGAAUAUGUCUUUGCUCAAACUAUGAAGCAUGCUGAAACUUUUGCUGUCAGGCUUCCUAUUGGUUUUCCUUGUUUAAUUUGUGGGAUUAUUUUGAGUCAACAUCCUCAAAUUCUCCGUGAUGAUGAGGUUCCUAGCCAGAAAGCUAGUCUUCUCACUAUUGAUUCCAGGCUGCUAGCUGGUGCCCAUGUUUCUGAUGUUGCUGGUUUGGCUGAGAUGACUCAGGGGGAGGGUACUUCCUCUCAGAAGACUCCUGAGACUCCAAUUGCUGCGCUUAUUGCUGUGUCUAAGAUGCUUCAGGACACAAUUACUAGUUGUACAUUGAGGAAGAAGAAUGUGGACACUCUCAUUCUGCAGUUGACUAAAGGCAAGAGGCCUCUUGAAGACAAUGCUGCUGCUCAUGCUCAAGAUGAUGUUGGUACUUCUGAUGAUGAUACUACUAGUGAUUAG